AUGACCCUUACCCACUAUGGUGAGUUCUACCAGAUGUUUCCCGGUUCUUAUUUCCCACAGGCCUCUGGGUCCAAACUAACCUCGUCUCCGGGUCCCUUUCCAGUGUCCUCAAGGAUUUUGGACUCUGCGCGUUCUGGCUUUUCUGGAAUCCGUGCUUCACCAGUAGAGGAACCCCAUGGAGCAUUAAUUAGUUCUUGCAAUUCUAGAAGCAUGACUGACGGGUUGGUGACAUUCAGGGAUGUGGCCAUCGACUUCUCUCAGGAGGAGUGGGAAUGCCUGGACCCCGCUCAGAGGGACUUAUACCUGGAUGUGAUGUUGGAGAACUAUAGUAACUUGGUAUCACUGGAUUUGGAGUCAACAACAUAUGAGACCAAAAAAAUAUUUUCAGAAAAGGAUAUUUUUGAAAUAAAUUUUUCUCAAGGGGAGAUAAAGGGAAAAAGUAAAACCCUUGGCCUUGGGGCAUCCAUUUUCAGAAAUACUUGGAAGUGUAAAAGCAAAUUUGAGGGACUACAAGGACAUCAGGAGGGAUAUUUCAGUCAAAUGGUAAUGAGCUAUGAAAAAAUGCCCACUUACAGAAAAAGUAGAUCUCUUACUUCACAUCAAAGAAUUCAUAAUAGAGAAAAACCCUAUGUUUGUAAGGAAUGUGGGAAAGCUUGUAGUCAUGGCUCAAAACUUGUUCAACAUGAGAGAACUCAUACAGCUGAAAAACACUUUGAAUGUAAUGACUGUGGGAAGAAUUAUGUUAGUGCCUAUCAACUCACUAUGCAUCAGAGAUUUCAUACUGGUGAGAAACCCUAUGAAUGUAAGGAAUGUGGGAAGACCUUUAGUUGGAGAUCAAGUCUUUCUAAACAUAAGAUAAUCCAUACUGGUGAGAAACCCUAUGAAUGCAAAGAGUGUGGGAAGGCCUUUAGUCGUGGCUAUUACCUUACUCAACAUCAGAAAAUUCAUAUUGGUGUGAAAUCUUAUAAAUGUAAGGAAUGUGGGAAGGGCUUUUUUGGGGGCUCAAGCCUUGCUAAACAUGAGAUAAUUCAUACAGGUGAGAGACCUUAUAAAUGUAAAGAAUGUGGGAAGGCCUUCAGUCGUGGCUAUCAACUUACUCAGCAUGAGAAAAUCCAUACUGGUAAGAAACCUUAUGAAUGUAAAAUAUGUGGAAAGGCUUUUUGUUGGGGCUAUCAACUUACUAGGCAUCAAUUAUUUCAUACUGGUGAGAAACCCUAUGAAUGUAAGGAAUGUGGAAAGGCCUUUAAUUGUGGAUCUAGUCUUAUUCAGCAUGAAAGAAUCCAUACUGGUGAGAAACCUUAUGAAUGUAAAGAAUGUGGAAAGGCCUUUAGUCGGGGCUAUCAGCUUACUCAGCAUCAGAACAUUCAUACUGGUGAGAAACCUUUUGAAUGUAAGGAAUGUGGGAAGGCCUUCAGUUGGGGUUCAAGCCUAGUUAAACACGAGAGAGUCCAUGCUGGUGAGAAAUCCUAUGAAUGUAAAGAAUGUGGGAAGGCCUUCUGUAGUGGCUAUCAAUUUACUCGACAUCAGAUGUUUCAUACUGGUGAGAAACCCUAUGAAUGUAAGGAAUGUGAAAAGGCCUUUAAUUGGAGAUCAAGUCUUGUUCAGCAUGAAAGAAUCCAUACUGGUGAGAAACCUUAUGAAUGUAAAGAAUGUGGAAAGGCCUUUAGUCGGGGCUAUCAGCUUACUCAACAUCAGAACAUUCAUACUGGUGAGAAACCUUUUAAAUGUAAGGAAUGUGGGAAAGCUUUUAGUUGGCGUUCAAGCCUAGUUAAACAUGAGAGAGUCCAUACUGGUGAGAAACCUUAUGAAUGUAAAGAAUGUGGGAAGGCCUUUGGUAGUGGCUAUCAACUUAGUGUCCAUCAGAGACUUCAUACUGGUGAGAAAAUUUAUGAAUGUAAGGAAUUUGAGAAGACCUUUACUCAUGGCUCAAACCUUGUUCGACAUGCAAGAAUUUAUAGUAAUGAUAAACCCUACAAAUAUAAAGAAUGUCAGAAAGCCUUCAUAUGGACAACUUACUCAAAUGAGAAAAUAGAUACUGGUGACACCUUAUGAUUGAAAGACAUGAAAGAACAUUUUUGUGUGUAUGGACAACUUGCUUAACGUGAGGAGAACUCUUACCCUUCAGAAGCCCUAUGAAUGUAAGGAAUGUUCAAAAGCCAUCAUUCCUAUGUAAUGGACAAUUUACUUGAUAUCAGUAAAUUCAUACUAGUGAGAAAUAUUUUAAAUAUAAGGAAUAUGAAAAGGCCUUUAGACUUCUGUACAAUCUUAUUGUAUAUCAAUUUAUGUUGAUAUAAAACCAUUUAAAUGUAA